AUGCCUCAGAAUAUGCAGAAAAAGCGGGUGGCCAUCGUGGGAGCCGGGGCCGCAGGGAUGUCCUGUGCAUCGACCUUAGCAAAGCACCCGGAUCGGUUCGAAGUCACAAUGUUCGAUGUUGAUGCUCACACAGGGGGCCAAGCAACUUCGAUUGACCUUGAUGAAUCCCAAUACGGUGCCAGCUGGCUGAACGACGGCGUCCAAGGAGGCUCAGCUAUUUUCCGCCAUACGUUUCGAUUCUUUCGGCGAUAUGGCUAUGAGCCGCAACCGGUGAAGCUGCAAGUCUCCUUUGGAAAGGGGCGUGAGAGCUUCUGGACCAACGUGUUCCCAUCGCCACUUGUGGACAAACAUUCCGCAGAAAUUCGAAAGCUCGGUCGCGUUUUGAAAUGCAUUAAAUGCCUCAUGCCUGUUCUUGGGAUUAUGCCCGUCAAGGUGAUCUUACGACUGUUCGGUUUUAGUCGUGAUUUCAGCAAUAGAAUGGUGUUGCCAUUGCUGGCCUUGUUUCUCGGCACUGGGAACCAGACGCCGAAUGUCUCGAGUGUUCUCCUCGAGCGCUUGUUUGAUGACCCUCAAAUGAAGCUCUGGGAAUAUGACCCGGACACUUUACUGCCAAACCUCCCAACCAUGUACACGUUCCCAAACCUGGGGAGGUUUUAUCAGGAUUGGACGGCCGAUUUACGUUCAAGAGGAGUCCGUAUUCGAUUAAACACGCCUGUCGAAAUCGUCGAGCGCAGUACCAGCCGGGUGGUCUUACAGACUAGCAGAGCUGAUCAAGAUCCCGCUAUGCCAGCUGAGCCAUCGAGAGAAGUGUUCGAUGAGUUAGUCCUCUGCUGUCCCGCCGAUGAAGCAAAGAAGCUCCUCGGGAAAAAGGCCACCUGGCGUGAGAAGUAUGUCCUCGGCGGAGUGAAGUUUUUUAAUGACAUCACCAUCACCCACUCCGAUGCCAACUACUUUCAGGGCAUUUUUGAAGCCCAGUACGACCCUGCCUUAUGCGCAGAGCCGACAACCAACGAGCGGAAGCGACAGAUUGACUUUGCCCAACAAAAUCCCGUCUGCCAAAAGGACGGCUGGGACGGAUUCAGACCCAUGUACUAUACGCACUCCUUUGCAUCAGCGCCCGAAAAAAUUGAAAUGGGUUUUGAUUGCACCAACUACCAACACCAGUUCCGCGAGAACCUGGGAAUGGGAAAAUCUGCCCAGUCCGGAAGCCCACAUGUUUUCCAAACCAUCUUCCUUAAUGACCAGCAACAGGAUCUGUGGACAUGGAACGACAUAGACUCUUCCAAAAUUAUCGCGCGCAAAUGGUGGCAUCAAUUUGGCCACCGGUGGCAGCACUAUCUACGAGUCGUUCCGGGAAUGAUGUUUAUCAAUGGGCAAAACCGGACGCUAUAUGCGGGAGCCUGGACCAUGGUGAAUAUGCAUGAGAUUGCAUGCAUUUCUGGCAUUGCAGCUGCAUAUCGGCUCGGAGCCGACUAUGAGCAGUUUGACGACUUCGCAGAGGACUUCUUCUCCAAGUAUUUGCUUGUUUGCCAUGGGACGAGAUACAAAAAGAAGCCCAAAAAUGCUUGA